AUGACCAAGGUACCAGCCACCAAGAAGCUACAGAGUUCCCCUGCCUCGGGGGCCCUCUGGCCCUUUCAUGCCUCAGAUCUUCUAACGCAGGUCCCAGACAAACCAAUGAGGAGCAUCAAGUAUAUGGAGAAGGAUAUAAUAAACCUCAAGAAAGACCUUACACGAAGCCGCAUCUUGAUUCAGUGGGUGAAGAUGGGCCGUGGAUACUUUACUAUUCUGAGGGAGGAGAGUGCAUUGAAAAAAAAGCAACAACAACUUCAGAAACUCAAAGAGGAAGAAAGAAAUAUAUUCCAACCAGCCAAAAAGAUGUCGGAUAUCCAGUAUGGGGAUAUUCUUUUGACCACGUACGGGAACGAGAAGAUGAAGAAAGUGGGGAUGGGGGUCCUCCUGCGUCCAUUCACCCCCGUGCACAGCUGCAUCAUUGCGCCCUCGCUGCCUGAGGCUCACGUCGAGCCCAUCUUCCGCCAGCUCUGUGCCCUCCACUGGCUCCUGGAGGCCCUGACUAUCGACCACACCCACCACACCAUGAAGCCCGUGAUCACCUGCUGGAAUCCGAAGGACCCAGGUGGAAGCAAGAGCACAAUAAAAAAAAUCAAUAAGGACAAGUCCAUGGGACAGAGGUGGGAGCACUUCGUCACAGCCCCGAAGACCAAGAAAUUCAAGGUUCCUGUAGCACGCGUCACCAGCCGCAAACCAAGCCGGCGAGGCUCCACCCUCAGUCUGUCUCGGACAAGUGGAGGGUCAUCCCCCCAGAGCAGCAUGGUCUCCGUGAACCCGGGCUCAGAUGAGCCCCAGAGUGUGAUCACCCAGGCAACAGGCAGCAAGGACGUUGAGGACAAUGAAUCGUCUUCGGUGAAGCCUGAAGAAGAACCGCUCCAUGUCAAUCUGCAGAAGCUCCUGGAGAUGGUUCGGGAAGAUGCUCAGAGAACGGUCACAAUGGCAAAUGGGAUGCAGAAACAAGCGGCCAGUAUCUUGUCAAUGCUCAGACAAAACAAGAGCGAUUCUGCCUAUAAAGACAUGCAGACCACCCGCAAAUCAAGUGACAGAUCCAGCAGUACAAGUGGAGACAGCCACUCCCAGGUGCUCCAGAAGAAGUCUAAAAGCCGCGCCAACCGUGACAUCAUCCACUGCAAGAGUGGGGUGUGUAACGCCAUGAGGGCCAAGUUUAACAGUGUGGCCCAGGAGGCUGGCCUCUGUCUGCAGGACAAGAUGGAAAUCCUCAUGAAGCGCCAAGAAGAAAGAGGUCUCCAGAAGUUCCGUUCUUUUGACCUUGUCUCAAAUUUCCAAAAGGAUGUAGCAAAAAUGAGACACCACAUCUCCAUGGUAAAAGGAGAUGCAGAAGAAAUUGCAGACCACUGGUACUUUGACCUGCUGUCCAAACUCCCUGAGGAUCUGAAGAAUUUCCGCCCUGCCAAAAAGAUCCUGGCGAAACUGCAGAAGUUUGGGGAAAAUCUGGACCUGAGGAUCCGGCCGCAUGUUCUCUUGAAGGUGCUGCAGGACAUGAGAGUCUGGGAGCUGUGCUCUCCGGACAUCGCAGUGGCUAUCGAGUUUGUGCGAGAACACAUCAUCCAUAUGCCUCAAGAGGAUUAUAUCAACUGGCUGCAGAACCGAAUCAACGUCCCCAUCCGGUCCCACAGUGCCCAGAUGUAGUGGGCCUGGGUUGACCAGCGAUCCCAGUGGAGGAGGGCUGUCUACACUGUGUUCCUGUUUCCUGCCUACUCUCAUGGAUACUCAUUAUGAUCUAGUAGGGUCAUCUGGAGACCAGAUGACCCUGCCAACAUUCUAGAGGGAGCUCCUCCCAGGUGGGAGCUCCCUUCUACCUCACACCCCAGCCUCAGUCUCCCAGCCUCCGUUCCUCAUUGGUCCAGCCUGACUCUAC